UUCGCCUGGGACAAGUCAGUACAACACUCAACAGUCAAGAUGAAGUUCGCUAUUGCUCUCCUCGCCCUCGUCGCCGUGGCCGCCGCCCGCCCCGGCAGCGUCUUCGACCUGGACUUCGAUGACUUCCACAUUGACCAGGGUAUCACCAACCGGGUAGUACAGGGAUCCUACAGCUGGACGUCCCCCAACGGAGAGAAGUUCUUCGUCAAGUACAUCGCCGACGACGACGGAUACCGCGUCGUCGAGUCCAACGCCGUGCCCGUCAUUAACGGCGUCGCCGCCGACGGCAACCAGGGAUCCUUCGACUCCUUCGAGGAUAUCUUUGACUCCUUCGAGGAUCGUUUCGACAGGAAGUGAGCCCAUCCGAAGCCAACCGACCGACCAACAGGCGCCCACAGCGGACCCUUCAGGCGUCCCUCCGAAAUCGCUCUAGGUCACGAGUCGCUGCGUGGAACCUGGCGACAGAUGACGUGGAUAAUAGCAUAAUUUAUUUAUCUACCUGUUAUUAAUGUGAAUGUCAUUCGAAUAAAUUUAAACUUAC